UCUCGAGUCAUUGCGUAAUUGCCAACAGAGUUGAGCAUCUCAGAUCUCAUAAGCCAGAACAACAGAGAACAAAGAGAGAGAGGGUGGAGAUGGGGGUCACAAAGGAACAAGUAGAGUCCUCGUUGAAGGCAAAGAUGAAUCCUUCGCACCUUGAAGUAAUUGAUACAUCUGGAGGGUGCGGCGCAAGCUUUGCCAUUGAAGUUGUAUCAGAACAAUUUGAAGGGAAGAGGUUGCUGGAGAGGCAUCGGCUGGUGAAUGCUGCUCUGGAAGAGGAAAUGAAAGAAAUUCAUGCUCUAUCAAUAAAGAAAGCUUUGACCCCAGAGCAGUGGAAACAGCAGCAAGAGCCUGAAAAAUCUAAUCCCACUUCUUAAAACGUGGUUUUAAAAUAGUUUGAGACAUUUACAAAGUGUGUUUCUGUUGCUGAGAAAGAUGGAACUACUUGGGAAGAUUUCUUAAGCUUGUUGAUACUUUGGUUCAAGUAUAUUUGCUAAAACUGUAGUAUCAUUCUACCUAGUUUCUGUAUAUUUGAUGCUCAUGUCAUACAACAUGAUUUUCAUGGUAUGCACUAUGGACACCUUUCUCGAAAGAGUAUGCAAAGAUAGGAUCAACAUCUUCUAGAA